AUGGGGAUGAUUUUGUUAAUGUUAAAUUUCGCACAGCCAUCACCUUCACCCGCCGGAAAAUCAUCGCAUGAUGAACUGAGUGUCACAUCAGCGGCAAUUAACGCUGCUUCAUUAGAACCGGAUUCUGAGAAAGAGAAACCCGUUUACACAAUUGAUGGAGAAUUAAUACCGCCUAAACCGGUUUUUCCUGAUAAUUGUAAGACCUUGAUAAAAUCUUUGCUCCUACACAUUGCAAGAGCCAUCUUGGCUUACUCCAUUUAUAACUCGAUGGAUUUAUCUAGCGGAUGUUCGCAUUGCGUUUUGGAUAUCUACCAAGAGGAAAUGCAGGAAUGGAAUGAAAGGGUGAGAUCCAUAAGAGAACGGUUGUUAAAAGAGAACAAACCAUUACCAGCAAUUCUUGAAAAAGCUGACAAAUCAGGUGGUGAAGAGAUGGAUCCUGGGAUGAAAGCUUUUAUGGAAUUGGAAAAAAAGUUGGAGAAAUCUUGA